GCCGAUGCAGCCAGGUACGUGACAUUGACGAAUGCGACUUGAAAAUUCCAGAAAGGAAUAGCAUGAGCCCGGGACAUUGGCAAUCCCAAAACAGCGGUUGGCCACAAGGUCCGACCACCGAUCAACAACCGUGGAACAUGGGACCUUCCAACUCUAGAGAAAGGCAUGAAGAUGGACUCCUGUCAAUUCUCGCCGGUGUUACUUCAAAUCUUCAUAAUUACCCGUACCCUCGAAGUCGCCAACGCCGGCUCGGAAGGGGCACCGACAUGUGGAAAGCCAAGAACCACUGGACGCAUGUGACACCGAUCGAUGAUGCGCAUCCAAAUCCGGCCGCCGUCCUCGAUGCCGAGGGCGGCUAAAAGUGCCAAUGGGGUUGCGUGUGACGGCGAUCCACGCCCGGCCGCGGAUGAGCCAUGCCCUCAUGCCCACCACAUGCGUCUUGCUUGCCCCCCCUCGCGUGCCGCACGCACAGCGUUGACCGGCAUGGGAGUGGAUGGUGUUGCGACGGGCACAGCCUUUUCCACGUCGGACAAUCAGCCGCCGCGCUCGAGGGGGAUUUAAAGACCAUCUGUCUAACUAAUUUCGUCCCCCGAUAAACAGUCUCCCCUGUCGGACGCGGGACCGGUGAGCGACAGGAUUUGCAAUAAUACGACGACGCCCACAUCGCGUAAACUCUCACGGUCUGUGUCAUUCUCACAGGGGGGGGGGGGGGGGCUGCCGUGCCC